GUCAUUUUUUCAAUGGCCGAAAAAUGGCAGACGAUUUGGAAGAUGAUCAGUGGUUAUACGGCGAUACUCCUGAUUUAAAUACCAACGAAGAUCCAAAUAACGCUGUAAAUGAAGAACAAGUUGAACAGCCACCACCGGGAACCGAAGAACAACUACUCGCUCCACCACCACAGGUAGAAGAUGAAGGCCCUCCAGGAGUGGAUAUCGAAGAGAAAGAAAAUGGUCAAGAACCACAGGAGCAGGAGGAUCCAGCAGAAGAUGGAGAAGUCCAACAGAAUGGAGAGGACAGUGACAAAGAUGAAGAUGAAGAUGACAGUGAUGAUGAUGUCAAUGUAGUUAUAGGAGACAUCAAAACAACUACACCAUCUAAUUACACAUCUUUGAAUAUCAAACGAGGUGGUCUCCUUACUUCUGUGGGAGAUAAGAAUAAACAGUUACAACAGCAACCUGGAAAAUUUGUUGUGGAAGAAUUUGAGCAAAUUGGGACAAUAAAUGGUGUCCCUGCCACUGAAUUCAAUGUUGAUUCUCUGGAAGACAAACCUUGGAGGAAGCCAGGUGCUGAUAUCACUGACUACUUCAACUAUGGGUUCAAUGAAGACACCUGGAGAGCAUAUUGUGAACGUCAGAAAAGGAUGAGAGUAAAUGAAUCUGGUGCUGGUCUGAUACCAAUGAAUCCCUUAGGGAUAAUGCCUCGUGGACCAGUGGUAAUAAAUGACAACAGCAAAUAUACCAACAACUUCUUAGGGACAGCCCAGAAGAUUAUUGCACCACCACUGAAAACAGAUCAGAUUGCCAGAGUCAACACCAUACAGGUGAUGACUGCUGAUAGAAGAGAGUACAGCAGGAAACCAGGAUUUCCUGAUAUGUCUGUCCCCCCACCAGGUGGAUUUGAGGCUUUCCAGCCUGAAUAUGGCUUCAAUCCUGAACCAGAACCUUUCUAUGGAGGUGGUUAUGAACCUACACAAGAUUCUCAAUGGGGUACAGAGCCGCCGCCGGGCUGGGCGCCCUCCGACCUGAAGCAGCUGACCGGCCCGCCGCCAAUGGCCCCGCCGCCCAUGGCGAUGGGCCCGCCGCCUGUGGGCGGGCCGAUGCGGUCUCCGCCCGGCAGACGCGAGUCGUCGCCGCCGCGCGACCGUGACCGCGACAAGGAGAGGGGGGAGCGCGAGUCGCGCGGCCGAUCGGAGAAGCCGCGCGACAGAGACAGAGAACGGGAAAGGUCGCACAGAAGAGAGAGAUCGAGGAGUAGGUCUAGAAGACACCGGUCCAAGUCGCGCAGCCCUAGUCACAGGUCGCACAAGAAGAAGAAGUCGUCUAGGAGGCACGAGGAUAGCGAUUAGAGGAGUUUGAUUAGGUUACUUUGUGUAGGUCUGUUCGAUUGUGUUGCUGGACCUGUCAAAGUUGAUUGUUUUCUAUAGUUAUCUCUUUUCGUCGCACAACGUAAACAGAGCUAGCUAUAGAAAACAAAAAGUUUGCUGGUUGGGCAAACACAAACGAACAGGGCUUAAGAAACAUUAAGAGCUAAACAAGAAUUGCGUUCUGUGUCCAGUGGAUUUCCUUUUGAAUUGAAUAUUUCGAAGUGUAAGUUGAUGUAACUUACUUAUGGAGAAACUUGAUUAUAAUAUUCUGAAUAC